UAAUUUGCGUCAACCCUGCCAUUUGCUCCGAGUCCUGCCAUCUCAUUAAUGAACUUGACAUCGUGCGGAUCUCCACUGAAAAAUGAAAAACGCUACAGAGAAACAUGUCACCGUCAACAAUCCUGCUGACAUCAGCGUGAUCAUCUGCUAUUUUGUGGUGGUUAUUGCCGUAGGAAUAUGGUCUACGUUUAGGACUAAUCGUGGCACAGUGGGGGGGUACUUUCUUGCUGGUCGGACGAUGGUGUGGUGGCCUGUGGGAACAUCUCUUUUCGCCAGCAACAUUGGCAGUGGCCAUUUUGUUGGCCUUGCUGGUACAGCGGCAGCUAGUGGAAUAGCCGUUGGGGGGUUUGAAUGGAAUGCAUUGUUUAUUGUUUUGCUGUUGGGCUGGGUGUUCGUCCCUGUUUAUUUAACCGCAGGGGUGAUUACAAUGCCCCAGUACAUCAAGAAAAGAUUCGGAGGGACUAGAAUUAGUCUGUACCUCUCUGUCAUUUCACUUUUUCUUUACAUUUUCACAAAGAUUUCUGUGGAUAUGUUCUCAGGAGCGGUGUUUAUACAACAGGCUCUUGGAUGGAAUAUCUAUGUUGCAGUAAUUGCUUUACUCUGUAUAACAGCACUCUAUACUGUAACAGGAGGGCUGGCAGCGCUCAUGUAUACAGAUACAGUCCAGACCUUUGUUAUCAUUGCUGGAGCUUUCGUCCUCAUGGGAUUCUCCUUCUAUGAAGUUGGAGGUUACAGUGCUUUACUUGAGAAGUACAGCUCAGCUUUACCAUCUCAGACACUGUCCCUAGAACCUCUGGAAUAUAACAUCUCCAAACAGUGUUACACUCCACGUGAGGAUGCCUUUAAUCUGCUCAGAGAUCCCACGACUGGAGAUCUGCCGUGGCCUGGUGUCUUAUUUGGCAUUGCAAUUAUUGGUAGCUGGUACUGGUGUUCAGAUCAAGUGAUUGUGCAGCGAUGUUUGGCCGCCCGCAGUCUGACUCACGUCAAGGCUGGAUGUAUAUUGUGUGGGUACCUGAAACUGCUCCCCAUGUUUCUCAUGGUGAUUCCAGGCAUGAUCAGCAGAGUGCUUUACCCUGAUGAGGUGGGCUGUGUGGUACCAGAGGUCUGCAAGGAAGUGUGCGGUACAGAGGUUGGUUGCUCCAACAUUGCCUACCCCAAACUUGUGGUUUCAGUUAUGCCAACAGGUCUCCGAGGUUUAAUGCUGGCAGUCAUGUUAGCAGCACUCAUGAGUUCUCUAGCAUCUAUCUUCAACAGCAGCAGCACCUUGUUUACCAUGGACAUUUGGACUCGGAUCCGACCUCAGGCUAGAGAUUCAGAACUCAUGGUUGUCGGAAGGGUUUGGAUACUCUGCAUUGUUGGCAUAAGCAUUUGCUGGAUCCCAGUGGUCCAGGCAGCCCAAAGUGGUCAACUGUUUGACUAUAUUCAAUCGGUGACGAGCUACUUAGCACCACCGAUUGCAGCAGUCUUCUUCCUUGCCAUUUUUGUAAAGAGGAUCAAUGAGUCAGGGGCUUUCUGGGGCCUGAUGGGAGGACUGGCUAUCGGUCUCUGCCGCAUGAUACCCGAGUUUGCCUACGGUUCAGGAAGCUGUCUAUUCCCCUCUAGCUGCCCGAAACUUAUAUGUGGAGUCCAUUACCUUUAUUUUGCCAUCAUCCUAUUCUUCUGUACCGCUAUCCUGGUGCUAAUCAUAAGCUACUGCACUCCACCUAUAGAAGACAAACACCUUCAUCGCCUUGUGUUCAGCUUACGGCACUCUAAAGAAGAAAGGAUCGAUCUGGACUGGGAAGAGGAAGAACGGGGUAGGAAUGCCAGAAGAGAGGCAGAUGAAAAGAAAAGGGCAGUAACGGAUGACGAACAAAAUGAAGGUGGUGAUAGAUCUAUAAUCAGGAAGAUUAUCGGUUGGUUUUGUGGCAUAAGCGACACUCAGGCCCCAGAGCCCACAGAAGAGGAAUUUGCCAAAGCAUCAAAACAACUGCCUGACAUAAGCGAAAACCCACUGUGGAGGAAUAUAGUCAAUGCUAAUGCUUUAAUAAUGAUGUCUGUAGCUGUUUUUUGCUGGGGUUUCUAUGCAUGAAGAUCAAACUAUAGACUAUACUGUAUAAAAGCUUUGAAAACACAUUGCAAUCCAAUCCAGUGAUUAUUAACGCCCUAAAAUCCGCAUGUGAGCAUAGCAUUUCAAGUCAACUUAUUAACAUGCAAUAAUUGUUUUAGAAAUUGUUUUUAAAGAUGUUUUUAAGCUAGGUUAUGUAUUCUUCCCAUUAUUGUA